AUGUUGCUAUUGGUUAACCUCUACCUCAAAUGACCCUCGGUUGGAUCGAUACAAACUAGUAUACGGUACGAUGUAAAUGAUGUCGAAGAAAUACAGUGUUAGGUAGUAACAGUAAUGAUGCGUGUGUUACUAAGGUUGAAUCGGUGGUACGAGCGUUGCAAUAAUUUAUGCUGUAAUUGGAAAUAAAGAGGUCAUUCGGUGUGAUCACAGUAGUUGGUUGUAUCGAUAAAUAACAGGUGAUACAACUAAAUUAAAUCGUUAUUAGAGAAUUACUGCAUCAUGGUGAAAAGGAAACGUCCGAAUACUCCACUUGGAGAUGGGGACAGUGCCCCAAGCAGUGUGGGUGGCUCUGGAGUGCCAAGCCCUGUGUCAAUUUCAGCAGCAGAUGUAGCUAUAGAGGACUUAAAAGAGGAAAAGAGACCUGUUUUCAAAGAUCCAGACUUUCAGCACAGCAGCAAAACGAGCAACAAGAAGAGGGCAUGGCGGUCACUGAAGCAGAUUGUUGCUCAAGAGAGGGCAUUGCAGUGGGGAGAAGAUUUUGUGCACUAUAGCACCAUUGAUGCUCCACCGUCCUUCAAACCUGCCAAGAAGUACUCCGACAUUUCAGGCCUUCUGGCAAAGUACACAGACCCACAGACAAAACUGUACUAUGCCUUGUCUGAAGAAUUUUCUACAAUCCGAAGUUUGCCCAUGGAUAUUGCUGCAGGUUAUUUGGCUCUGCGACGGGCUAACAACCCCAUGGGGUGAUUUUGCUCACUGGCUAGAUGUUCUGCCAUGAAGUUGCCUUGCCACAGAGCAGUUCUAUUGGAGCCACUGGGAACUGCCCGUAAACCGAAUGUCUGUUCCACAUAUUUAUUCUAGUAAACACUUGUAGCACUAUAUUCGUGAGUCGCCCCCAUUUAAUGCAAAGGUUAAGGAGGAUAAGCUAUAUCUCGACAAGAAAGCCUGCAGUAUGAAUUCUCUGCCAUUUACCAUAUUCAUGAUUAAUAAAGCCUCUUAGUCAGUUUAUGCUGAUGUUUUAAGAUGAGGUCUAAAUGUAAACUUUGGACACCUUCAUUUGAUGUGAGCAGAUGGAUACACAGGCAUGGAAACGUUAAUUUCUACAAUUUUAUAAUGCAUCUUGCCAUGGGGUGGUGUUUCGUACAAUUUCAGAUAAAGAGAACUUCAUUCACUCACUAAACAAAUUUUUAUUCAUGGGCACAAUCACUAAAAAAUCUUAGAUCUCAUUAGGGAUGUUCUGUAGACUUUCAUCAUUAAUUACACGUUAAAAGGUUCUUGGCUGUGAGCUCAUUUAAGUGUACAUGACCUAAUAAAAGUAAUGAACUUCACAAACCUACGGCCACAAUAUAAUCACAUGCCGAGUUGUAUGUAUACUCCUCACAUCUCUUGUAGUGGUUUGCAUGUAGGACCAAGGGGUGGCAGUAAGUGUACCAGAAAGGUUUAUGAAUGGUGAAGAACACAUUGUAAGAUGCCUUAUUAUAUGUAAAAUGUCAAAACAUAAAUAAAAAUUAUAAUUUAGUGAG